CCAACCAUCAUUGAUAUCCCACACCGCGCCCUCAACCCUUCAAGCGCAUCUCACCUCCACCCAUCCUCUCUAAACACCCUCUACAAUCCGCAUUGCCAUCCCUCCGACCACCAAAUCCAAAAUGCCACCUCCCACGAACCCCUCCAAAUCCGGCAUCACCACCGACCGCGCCGGUACCAGCGUCAUCCCCUCCUCCGUCCGCCCGGACGGCACCGUCCGCAAAGAAAUCAAAGUCCGCCCCGGCUACCGCCCCCCGGAGGACGUCGAAGUGUACAAGAACCGCACCGCUGAGGCCUGGAAGAAUCGCUACGCCGGAGGCGUCCCCGGCGCCGAGGCGGUGGGCGCGGAGCGGGAGGGGAAGGCCGGAAAGAAUGCGAAAAGGAGGGAGAGAAGGAAGGCAGCUGCUGCGGCGGGGGGGAGUGAUGCGGGCGGCGAGGACACGGCGACGGCGACGGCGACGACCGAGCCGGUUGUGGUAGCGGGGAGCGGGGAGACGGCGACGGCGCCGGAACCGAGUGCGGCGGACGCGAAGGAGAAAGAGGCGCGGAAGAUCGCGAAGAAGCUGCGACAGGCGCGGGAGCUGCGCGCGAAGAAAGACCAGGGGGAUUCGCUGCUGCCGGAGCAGGUGGCGAAGGUGAUCAAGAUCCAGGAGCUGGUGCGGCAGUUGGACGCGCUGGGAUUCGAUGCGAAUGCGGAGCGGAAGGGAGAGUCGGCCGGGUGAACGAACGGACGGUGGGACGACGAGACGAUAUCACGUUUGGGCUGGGGAUCUGAAUUCGGGGGGAUGAAGAUCAUGAGUUAU